AGUGCGCCGAGGGGCAAGGAGCGCGCGCUGCCUUCCCUCAUGGAGAGCCUCAGGCGGCGGCGGCGCGCGGGGCAGAGUUGCGCGCGGAGCCUGGGCGCGCUGCUGCUGCUGGGCGCGCUUUGCGCCUGCUCGGCCGGCGCCUUCGAGCUCACCAUCCUGCACACCAACGACGUCCACGCCCGCGUGGAGCAGACCAGCCGCGACUCGGGCAAAUGCGUCGGGCAGGACUGCUACGGAGGCGUCGCGCGACGCGCCACCGAGAUCCGCCGGGUCCGCGCCGCGCAGCGCAACGUGCUGCUCCUCGACGCCGGCGACCAGUACCAGGGCACCGUGUGGUUCAGCUUCUUCAAAGGGCAGGAGGUGGUGCGCUUCAUGAACCUCCUCGGCUAUGACGCAAUGACAAUCGGGAACCAUGAAUUUGACAACGGUGUGAAUGGAUUAUUGGAUCCACUGCUGAAAAAUGUUAAGUUUCCUGUUGUAAGUGCAAACAUUAAAGCAAACCAGAAACUAGCAAGCAACAUCACAGGAUAUUUCCUUCCUUACAAAAUUCUGGAAGUUGGCUCAGAAAAAGUGGGAAUUGUUGGCUAUACCUCAAAGGAGACACCUGUCCUUUCAAAUCCAGGGCCGGAUUUAACAUUUGAAGAUGAAGUUACAGCAUUACAGCCACAAGUGGACAAACUUAUAACUUUAGGAGUCAACAAAAUCAUUGCACUCGGUCACUCUGGUUUUACUGUGGACAAAAACAUUGCUCAAAAAGUGAGAGGUGUGGAUGUUGUAGUUGGGGGACAUACAAACACCUUUCUUUAUACAGGCACCCCACCUUCAAAUGAUAUACCAGCUGGUAAAUAUCCAUUUACGGUGAAGUCAGAUGAUGGGCGUGACGUUCCUGUUGUUCAAGCUUAUGCUUUUGGAAAAUACCUUGGCUAUUUGAACGUUGUGUUUGACGACGAAGGAAAAGUCAUUAGAGCGUCUGGAAACCCUAUCUUACUAAACAGCAGUAUUCCUGAAGCUGAGGAUGUGAAAGCAGAAGUUGACAAGAUGCAUCUUCAACUACAAAAUUAUUCUUCCCGGGAAAUAGGAAAAACGAUUGUUUAUCUAAAUGGUACAAGUCAAGCAUGUCGCUUUCAAGAGUGCAACAUGGGAAAUUUAAUUUGUGAUGCUGUGGUUUACAAUAACCUGAGACAUCCAGAUGAUAAGCAAUGGAAUCAUGUUUCGAUGUGCAUCAUAAAUGGUGGUGGAAUACGGGGACCCAUUGAUGAACAAAGCAAGAAUGGAACUAUUACUUUGGAAGAGUUGCUGUCCGUAUUGCCUUUUGGAGGAACUUUCGAUUUGCUGCAGAUCAAAGGCUCUACUCUGAAGGAAGCAUUUGAACAUAGCGUUUACAGACAUGGGGAAGGGACAGGGGAACUCCUGCAGGUCUCAGGUAUACAGGUGGUGUAUGAUCUUUCUGAAAGUCCGGGAAGCAGAGUGGUCAGCUUAAAGGUUCUUUGCACAGAGUGUAGAGUACCAGUCUAUGAACCACUGCAGCUGGAAAAAACAUACAAAGUGCUGCUACCUUCUUUCCUUGCUGGAGGAGGAGACGGAUACCACAUGCUAAAGGGAAGCUCAAAUAACCACAGUAGCGGUGAUCUUGAUGUCGACGUUGUUUCCAACUACAUAACUAGAAUGGGAAGGGUAUUUCCAGCGCUUGAAGGUCGUGUGAGGUUUUCUGCUGGAAUUGUUUUCCAAGGACAUCUUUCUUUGAUUUCCGGAUUAUGUGUUUUACUUCUGUGCUUCAUUUUUUAGUUUUUCACUUGCUGCAGGGGAACUUGACUUUUUCUGCAUUCUAUAAAUUUCUUAAUACUUAAAAGACAAUCUCAGCUGCUUCCACUCUUCCCAGAGGGCAGAAUGUAAAUUAUUAUGGGCAUGGCCAUUAAAGGACAUAAAAUUCAACAAUAAGGUUUAAUGUAUUUUGUAUGUAUACUGCGUUUUGAACUGACUUAUGUUUAUGUAUAUAAUUGAUAUGUAUAUUUGUUCUUCAUACCGUCACUUUUUAGAAAA